CGAUUAUAAAUCAGAAUUUGAGAAGAAGGGAAUUUGGUAUGAGCAUAGGUUAAUUGAUGACAUGGUAGCUCAGGCACUCAAAUCAGAGGGAGGAUUUUUAUGGGCUUGUAAAAACUAUGAUGGAGAUGUACAAUCGGACAUAAUAGCGCAAGGGUAUGGUUCGUUGGGUUUGAUGACAAGCGUAUUGCUCACUCCCGAUGGAAAGACAAUGGAAGCCGAAGCUGCACAUGGCACCGUCACAAGACACUAUCGUGAACACCAGAAGGGAAGAGAAACGUCAACAAAUCCAAUUGCAUCUAUCUUCGCAUGGACACGUGGACUAGCACAUAGAGCACAAUUAGACAAUAACAAUAAAUUACUCAAGUUUUCACACAAUUUGGAGAAAGCUUGCAUAGACACUGUCGACAUCGAGGGCAAGUUAACCAAAGAUCUUGCAUUGACCAUCCAUGGAAAGAAUCUACGCAGGGAGCAUUAUGUUACAACCAACGAAUUCUUAGACGGCGUUGCGCUUACAUUCAAGAGGAUAUACAAUGAAUGA